AUGGCGUCGCGCAAUCCAUCAACGCGACUGAUCCAGGCUUUCUUCGCUUGGAAGUCUGUGCUGUUCAUCGUUGCAGCCUUCUCUCCAGGCCCUGGCUACGACACGUCAGCUCUGAUCGCCUCAAAUCCGACCAGUUCUCGGCACGUCGACUUCCACAGCUGGCCUGUAAUAGAUCGUGUUUCGCUCAAUUUCUUUCGGUGGGAUGCAUUGUAUUUUGUAAAAUCUGCGCAAAGAGGCUACCACUACGAGCAGGAGUGGGCCUUCAGCUGGGCGUACUCACUUUUACUCAAAACCUUAGUCAAACUUGUAUCUGGAGACGAGUCGAUUUCGUUGCAAAACUAUGUCUGGGCUGGGAUCAUCGUAUCCAAUGCGUGCCACCUGGUCUCGGUGGUGGUGCUCCACCGCCUAUCAAGCCUGGUGCUAGAUCGGCGGCACAGCGGCCGAGUCCCCUUCGUCGCUGCCAUGCUACACAUCGUAUCCCCUGCUGGCAUGUUUCUCAGCUCGCCUUAUGCGGAGUCUCUUUUCGCUGCACUGAACUUCACCGGCAUGCUUUUGUACGCUCAAGCCAGAAUAACAGAUCGGCCUGGCAGAAAGCAAACAGUUCGUGAAGACGCUUUGAUCCUAGGAGCAGGCGUAUUGUUCAUGUUGGCAACGUGGAUCAGAAGCAACGGCCUGCUAAGCGGCAUCCUGUUCUUGUUCGACGUUGUCCCCUUUGUGUCCCGGCUACUAGACCGAGAGUUGAGCCUGAACGACAUCCGAAAACUCGUUAUCACAUGUUCUUCAGGGGCCCUUCUUGGCCUCGGCUCGAUUGGCCCCCAGUAUGUGGCGUAUCAACAGUACUGUGUCUCUCAGGCCGGCCCGAGUUUGAGACCAUGGUGCUCUAAGACAAUCCCCAGCAUCUAUACCUGGGUUCAGAGAUAUUACUGGAACGUUGGGUUCUUACGAUACUGGACGUUCUCGAACCUGCCCCUGUUCCUAAUGGCCGGACCGAUGUUGUGGCUGCUGCUACAAACUGGCAUUGACUAUUUGCGUAACUCCUCCCAACAGCCUCUUGGGCCAUCUAAAACCCAGCCACGCGGUGAAGGAAAGGAUAUAAAUGAGGCUUCUACAGGACUGCCCCAAUUAGCGUUGCCUCAGCUUAUUCUAGCCAUCACUGCAGCCACCAACUUCCAUGUCCAAGUCAUCAACCGCCUAUCUUCUGGAUAUCCGGUCUGGUAUAUUGCAACUUCCGGAUGGAUGAUCGCGCGCGAGAGUGUGGCUCAAAAGACCAAAGUGUUUGAAGGUUCGAAAUGGAUAUGCCGUGGUUUAAUCAUAUACGCUCUUGUCCAAGGGUCCCUUUUCGCAAACUUUCUGCCUCCUGCCUAG